GAAGACAUUUCUUUGAGGUGGACGACGACCAAUGGGUAAAUCAACGGUGAAGAUCCCCUCUCAGACUUUAGAACUUGCUAAUACAUUCUAGAUCCUUCUGGGCUCAACUCCUCUCUUCUUUUCUAUAAAAUCAUUGUCUCUCGCCUUCUCGCUUGCUUCUGUGGUUCUUCUUUUCGCUCCUUUACGUAACAAUUCGUACAAUUCGCGAUCGCAAGAAGAGAAAAUGUUUGGGAGGGCACCGAAGAAGAGCGACAACACCAAGUACUAUGAGAUUCUGGGAGUGUCAAAGAGCGCCUCGCAGGAUGAUUUAAAGAAGGCUUAUCGGAAAGCUGCCAUCAAGAACCAUCCGGACAAGGGCGGCGACCCGGAAAAGUUUAAAGAGUUGGCCCAAGCUUAUGAAGUUCUAAGCGACCCAGACAAGCGUGAGAUCUAUGAUCAGUAUGGCGAGGAUGCUCUCAAGGAAGGAAUGGGUGGUGGAGGUGGUGGGCAUGAUCCGUUCGACAUAUUCCAGUCCUUCUUUGGUGGCAACCCUUUUGGUGGUGCUGGAAGCAGCAGAGGCCGGAGGCAGAGGAGGGGAGAGGAUGUGGUCCAUCCCCUCAAGGUUUCUUUGGAGGACCUCUACAACGGGACAUCCAAGAAGCUGUCCCUCUCUCGCAAUGCAAUCUGCUCCAAGUGCAAGGGUAAAGGCUCCAAGUCAGGUGCUUCAAUUAAAUGUUCUGGUUGUCAAGGUUCUGGAAUCAAAGUCUCCAUUAGGCACCUUGGUCCUUCUAUGAUCCAGCAAAUGCAGCAUGCUUGCAAUGAGUGUAAGGGUACAGGUGAAACCAUCAAUGACAAGGACCGCUGCCAGCAGUGCAAGGGAGAGAAGGUUGUCCAGGAGAAGAAAGUUUUGGAAGUUAUUGUAGAGAAGGGUAUGCAAAAUGGGCAGAAGAUUACAUUCCCUGGAGAAGCUGAUGAAGCGCCCGAUACUGUUACUGGGGACAUUGUAUUUGUUCUGCAACAGAAAGAACACCCCAAGUUUAAGCGGAAGGGCGAUGACUUGUUUGUUGAGCACACCUUGUACCUUACAGAAGCACUCUGUGGCUUCCAAUUCAUAUUGACCCAUCUGGAUGGUAGGCAGCUCCUCAUAAAAUCUGAACCUGGAGAAGUAAUCAAGCCUGACCAAUACAAGGGUAUAAAUGAUGAGGGAAUGCCGAUGUACCAGAGGUCGUUCAUGAAAGGGAAAUUGUACAUUCACUUUGCAGUGGAAUUCCCAGACAGCCUCAGCCCAGAGCAGUGCAAGGCACUGGAGGCCGUGCUGCCUCCAAGGAGUUCGGUGCAGCUGACAGACAUGGAGCUGGAUGAAUGCGAAGAGACUACAUUGCAUGAUGUGAACAUAGAGGAAGAAAUGCGACGCAAGCAAGCACAGGCCCAAGAGGCAUACGACGAGGAUGAGGACAUGCCUGGUGGUGGUGCUCAGAGGGUCCAGUGUGCUCAGCAAUGAGGAAUGAAUUAUGCUGACCCAAAAAAAAAAUAGGAAGGAAUGAUCUGGAGAAACAGAAUUGUACUGAAAAAAGAAAUCAUCAUUGGAUUCUGUUACAGGGAGUGGUAGUAGUAGUAGGUUAGAUUUUGGAUUGUUUUGGGUUGCUCUGCUAUUUUUGCAAACAUAUAUACCGUGUGGGAGAUCUAGUAUUUGAAUUCUAGUGUAAGUGGAAAACCAUGCUUGUUGGUUGGGGGUUGGUGUAUAUCUAUGUCAUCUGGAUGGCAAUUUAUGGGAGGAUCUAUAAGAAAUCAUUUUAGACUCUUUUAAGCUCUAAA